AUGGGAGAUCCCAAUGACGAGGAUCCCAUGGUGGUAAUUCAGGCUACUUUAGCCCAGAUCAACGCCUCUUUUCAAUUGCAAUUGGAUCACAUUACUCGGCGACUAGACGAGAAGAGAACACUGGCCAAAGAAGUAGAGGCAGAACUAGUCGUGGCCCAAGAGGUUCGAGAUGACCCAAACGACGCCACUCGUGUUCUGGAUGAGAGGCUAUGUAAUAUUGAAAGACAAUUGGUUGUCAUAGAAGGGGAUCCGAACACGCGAGUUCGGGGCAAUCGAGAUUUUGGUCGGCGGAACACCGGAGCAGAGUUCGAUGGCGCCGUUGCGGAGCUGCGUGGAAUUAAACUAACAAUUCUGUCGUUUCAGGGGACAAACAAUGCGGCAGCUUACUUAGACUGGGAAUGCAAGAUCCUCCUCUUCUUCCAGUGUGGAAAUUACACGGAGCAACAGUAG